UUCACUAUCACAAACCCCAAAACUUUCGUCAGGACCAAAACGACCUCCUUUUUCUUCUGUUCGCUGCCCUUCCACCGCCUCUCUUGUGUAUUUCCCACAAGUAUCCCUCACUAUAUUUCGAUGAAACUUCAUCCUACCUUCUGAUUUUUUAUUUAAUUCGGAAAGGGGCUCUGAAUCUUAAAGCUUGACUCUUGUUUCGAACUGAUCAGAUUUCAAUGGCGAGGCCUAAUCAGGAGGCAAUUGAGACGUUCAUUAGCAUCACUGGCUUAUCUGGCAUCGCAGUGCAAAAGCUCGAGGAGCAUGGUGGCAAUCUUAAUGAAGCCAUCAAUGCACAUUUUAGUGAAGGAGACAGAAAUCAGUACCAUGGCACUUCUGUUGCUGUUCCACAAGAUGAUUUCAUGGAUGUAGAUAAUCAACUCCGUGAUGAAAUGCCCAGGCCUUUCUCACUUUUGCCUUCUGCCAGAGAUAUCAAUCCAUUUUCUCUUCUUGAUCCAACUUUUAGUAGAAGCAUAUUUGAUGCACCUCUUGAUUCAACCAACCGCAAACCAUUUGUUACACAUCCAAGAGAGGUAAGGGAGAUUCCUAUAGAGGUUAAGGAUGGUAAUCAAUCCGAUUCUCAGGCUGGUCAUGCUCCAACCAUUGAAGAUGUCACGGGAACUGUUCGUGCCCAUGGUCCAGAUAUUCAUGGGACUGUCAUAAUUGAUGAUGAUGAUGAUGAAGAAAAUAGUUCACCUGCCCAUACUGGACACCAGGAUGAACAAAAAAAUAAGAUGUUGGCUGAUACUUCAGCUGACAGAAGUACUAGGCCAAGUGCUCCUGAGCCUGAGAAUGUGCCAGAUUAUGGUAACGACAUAGAAGAGGAAAUGAUUCGUGCUGCCAUUGAGGCUUCUAAACGGGAAGCUGAGGAAAAGUACCCCAAUCACAAAUCUGACAGGCAAAGGGAUUUAACUGAACCUGGGCCCCAGCAAAGGCAGUCUUUCUUGGAGGAUCCUGAACUUGCCCAUGCAGUUUCAUUGUCCCUGAAGACUGCUGAGCAGGAGAAUGCAAGGCGUGUCCAAGGAGGAGACAUUGCAGAGGUGGUGCCAUCUAAGUCAUAUGCAGUGGAACUAGGAAAAAUAGCUGCAUCAAAUGGAAGAAUGCAGGAAGGAAGCUCUUCCUUCCGAGAUGAAGCUGAAGAUGUAGAGGAACAACCUCUGGUUAGGAACAGGUCUAGACGCAGGUCAUUGGGCUCUACUGAAUCAGUCAAAGAUGUUGAAGUUGAACUUGUCGAUAUUAGCCCACAGUCAAGCACAGAACAUCAGGAUAGAAGUAAUCAGCAGCAUAAUGGGAGUUCCUUCCAUUCUGAUGAGUGGGGUGGCAUUUCCUCUGAGGAGCAUGAUGAAGCAGUAAUGCUUGAAGCUGCAAUGUUUGGUGGAAUCCCUGAAGAGAGCAGGUUUCACUUUGGUUACGCACCACAUGAGUUCAUGCAGUCCAGGGGUUCCUAUCCUCGGCCUGCACCUCGCCCACCCUCACCAUCACUGGAAGCUCAGCGCCUGAUAAGAGAACAGCAGGAUGAUGAAUAUCUUGCAUCAUUACAAGCAGACAGAGAGAAAGAAUUGAAGGCCUUGGAGGAAGCUGAGGCUGCUCGUGAGGAGGAGAGGCGCAGAGAGGAAGAAUCUCAUAGGAAAUUAAGGGAAGAGCAGGAGUUGGAAACACAGUUAGCGGCAAAGGAAGUUUCUCUACCACCAGAACCAUCAUCAGAUGACCAGAAUGCUGUGACAUUGCUGGUAAGGAUGCCAGAUGGAAGUCGUCGUGGACGUCGAUUCUUGAGAUCUGAUAAUCUACAGUCUCUUUUCAACUUCAUAGAUAUUGCCAGGGUGGUGAAACCAGGGACUUACAGACUAGUGAGACCAUAUCCUAGGCGUGCAUUUAGUGAUGGGGAAAGCGCAUCGACACUCGAUGAACUUGGCCUAACCAACAAGCAAGAGGCCCUGUUUCUGGAGUUAAUCUAAUGCCCUGACUCCAUAUUCUUGGAAAACGAUCAAUUGAAGUUUAGUUAAAUUAUCAUGUAUUGAUCAAUACGUACUUCAAUAGGGCAAUUCAAUCUCCGUUGCGGUUAGAAUGAAAUUAUUCAUGAAAUUUUAGUUAUACAAAAUCAUCUGCAUAGAACCGUGGCCGUUUUUAUUGAGAUGGAUGAUUCUUCGUGGGAGGAUUAUUUUGUAUAUCAUGUAGUAGCAUGUGGUUGAGAUGAAAGAUGGCAUUUUCGCUCUUAAAGGAAA